AUGACUGUCCAAGACUCCAACGAAGUUUUGAAAAUCUUCCAAGACAAGAAUACAGUCACUCAGAAUACCGCAGAGAAUCCAGGUAAAGUUUUCCUCAAGGCUUCACUUUUUGACAUCGUCUCGCCAGUCAGCAGCGAAUUAUUCACAGAGAAGCGACUACCGCUUCACAACGGGAAGUAA